AUGGCGAAGCUUGAACAAGUCCCGGGCCAUUUUUCAAAGGAGGCUGGGAGUGAUUGGCUCGCGAUCGCUGCCACUUCCUCCGCGAGUGUGAAGGAGCACGAGGUUGGGCGCGGUAUGGCCCAGAGUUCCGCUACGUCGAGUCCCCCGGCCCGGGUUUACACGUCCCCGGGCACGCGCAUGCGCCGGCCGCGCUGCCCUGCGAUUCGCCCCAUGCGUGCGGGAAGGGCAAGCCUCUGCAAGCCUGCUAUCGCGCGGCCGCAGCACCAGAGCCAGAAGCCGGCGUUUCUUGUGCCUUUCGAGGUGUUCUAUGAUGCGCUCACGUACGCGCGUACGCUCAAGGGCUGGCCGCGCGAACCGCCGCAGAAGUCCGCUGCGCUCACGCAGGCGCCGCAGCGCCAGCAGGAGCACGUCGACGAGCUCGUCGCCGCCAUGGUCGAGCGCUGGCUGGGCCCUUCCCUGCCACUGAUUCAGAUCUUCUGCUGUUCCACGCCCUCUGUCUCUCAUAAUCACACCCUCAGUCCUUGUCUCGGUCAACCUCAGCUCGUUGAAGCCUCUUCUGCAUCUCAUAGAUGA